UGCACCGCUAAUCGAUUGACACAUGUCAGGCUCAACAACAAACUGUCGAAACAUCUGACGGUCAUUAAUGCUCGUAUACGUUUCACCAUACUCUCUUUAAUGGCUUCGGAGAGUGUUGUUUCUCUCUAGUCUUCGGAAAAAUUCUAGAGCAUCGAGAGUUUCUUCAAUGGCGAAUCUCCCCACCGUUCUCGUUACCGGCGCUAGUGGCAGAACAGGUCAGAUUGUGUACAAGAAGCUGAAGGAGAGGUCAGACAAGUUUGUGGCGAAGGGGUUAGUGAGAACUCCUGAAGGGAAAGAGAAGAUUGGAGGAGAAGAUGAUGUGUUCAUUGGUGAUAUAAGGGAUGCUGAGAGCAUCACCCCUGCGAUUCAAGGGAUCGAUGCGCUUGUGAUUCUCACUAGCGCUGUGCCCAAGAUGAAACCUGGGUUUGAUCCCACUAAAGGUGGAAGACCUGAGUUCAUUUUCGAUGAUGGACAAUACCCUGAACAGGUUGAUUGGAUUGGGCAGAAGAACCAAAUAGAUGCUGCCAAGGCUGCUGGUGUUAAGCAUAUUGUCUUGGUUGGGUCCAUGGGUGGAACAAAUCCUGAUCAUCCUCUCAACAAACUCGGAAAUGGGAAUAUACUGAUUUGGAAGAGGAAAGCUGAACAGUACCUUGCUGAUUCUGGAACUCCUUACACAAUAAUCAGAGCUGGAGGACUUCUAGACAAAGAAGGAGGUGCACGAGAGCUCCUAGUUGGUAAAGACGAUGAGCUUCUUCAAACAGACACCAAAACCGUCCCCAGGGCUGAUGUUGCUGAAGUCUGCAUUCAGGCAUUGCUGUUCGAGGAAGCUAAGAACAAAGCAUUUGAUCUCGGCUCAAAACCAGAGGGAACCAGUUCUCCCACCAAUGACUUCAAGGCUCUCUUCUCUCAAGUCACCGCUCGUUUUUAGAUCUCUUAUCUCUAUUGCAACUGAAUAAUUUGGGAUAUUAUAAUGUACCAAACUAGUAAAAAAUAAAAUCUCCGGGUUUAAUAAAAAAAAAAGUCUAUAAAAUUAG